AUGCGUGCCAGCUUACUCUUACUUCUGGUCGCUGCUACCAUCGCCAUUAGUCUGACGGCUGCUACCAAUGGACUCAAUCCAGCUCGCCGAUUAAAGGGCGUUCAGACCUCCUCGGUAGAGGAGGAGCCUCUAAGAGCUCAAGAUGAAGAGAGAGCUGGCUGGGCAGACUUGGCUUCCAAGUUUAAGGCGGGACAGCUUGACGACGCCCUUGAGAAGAUGAAGGGUGUAGGACAAGUUGACGAUGCUCUUGCGAAGAUAAAGGGUGCAGGACAGCUAGAUGACGCCGUCGCCGCCGCUGGUGGAAACAAGUGGCAGCAGGCACUUGAGAAGCUUAAAGCACAGAAAGCCUUGCAGAAUGCAGAGAAGGUUGCUGAGACGACUACGGCGGGCAAGAACAAGUGGCAGUCGGCCCUCGAGAAGCUUAAAGCCAACAAUUUCAAGAAUAUCGAUGACAUUAAGAUCCCAGUCGCCGACCAAAACAAGUGGCAGGCUGCCGUUGCCAAGAUCCAGGCUGGUAAGCUUACGAACCUUGACACAACUAACAACAAGUGGCAGAGUGCCUUCCAAAAACUUAAGGCCUCUGGCCAACUUAAGAACGUCGACGAAGCGCAAGUCGCGAAACUCACGGAAGGAGUGGCUAACGAGAUCGCGAAGAACCCCGAGAAGUCGAGCAAGUUCGGGAAAAUAAUGACGUUCGUGUUUGGUGCUGCGAUCACGGGGCUUGUUGUCUACGGCAUCAGCGCAAUGGUUACUUCGUAG